AGUACCGCAGGCAGGGGGCGGCAACAUGGCGGAGUGAGCUGUGUCGGCUUCAAAGGACAACACUGGCAACUGCACCGCUACUGGCUGACAUCUGCUAGAUAUUUAGAAAAAGAUAACACGUUCCGCUAAUCAUUUAGAAAUACAAUCUAACAGCAAACAGCUUGCAUUUCAAAUCAUACUGGUGGAAAGGGUGGAAUUUAAAAGAAAAAAUAGAAUUUUUCUUGUUAUUAUUCCAGAAUUUUCUGUUUUUCUUCUUGAUGCUUUGGUCAGUCGGGGGGUGAUAGAAGCAGGUGAGAUCGCAGCCGCUACUUCGGUUUCGGGUGGAAAUGUCGAGCGAGAAGCCGGUGUCGGUAGCGGGUUCGGUUUUGCACCCCGACCGAGAACCUCCCCCUGGUUUUGGCCAGCAAGAUGCUGCUGUCUCCGCUGCCGGGGAGGUGAUGGUGUCUGGUUCGGGUUCGAUGGUUCUGCCGGCCGGUGUGAUCAACGCUUCAGUCCCGAUCCGGAAUAUCAAGAUGAAAUUCGCCGUCUUGAUCGGACUGAUCCAGGUUGGGGAGGUUAGCAACAGGGACAUCGUCGAGACUGUUCUGAACCUGCUCGUCGGUGGGGAGUUUGAUUUGGAGAUGAACUUCAUCAUCCAGGAUGCUGAAAGUAUAGCGUGCAUGGUGGAGCUGCUGGAGCACUGUGAUGUCACUUGCCAGGCAGAAAUCUGGAGCAUGUUCACAGCUAUUCUGCGGAAGAGCGUCCGCAAUCUACAGACUAGCACGGAGGUCGGCCUUAUAGAACAGGUGCUGCUAAAAAUGAGCACAGUCGAUGACAUGAUAGCAGAUCUUUUGGUUGAUAUGUUGGGAGUGCUUGCCAGCUACAGCAUUACUGUCAAGGAACUGAAGCUUCUCUUCAGCAUGUUGCGAGGAGACAAUGGAGUCUGGCCAAGGCACGCAGUCAAGUUGCUGUCAGUUUUGAAUCAAAUGCCACAAAGACACGGCCCAGACACCUUUUUCAACUUUCCAGGUCGAAGUGCUGCAGCCAUCGCAUUGCCUCCUAUUGCUAAGUGGCCUUACCAAAAUGGUUUUACUCUCAACACCUGGUUUCGAAUGGACCCCCUGAAUAAUAUCAAUGUAGACAAGGACAAACCUUAUCUUUAUUGCUUUCGUACAAGCAAAGGGAUUGGUUACUCUGCACAUUUUGUUGGAAACUGUUUGAUCGUCACAUCCCUGAAGUCAAAAGGCAAAGGUUUUCAGCACUGCGUGAAAUAUGAUUUCCAGCCUCGGAAAUGGUAUAUGAUCAGCAUCGUUCACAUUUACAACCGCUGGAGAAACAGUGAAAUUCGGUGUUAUGUAAAUGGACAACUAGUUUCCUAUGGCGACAUGGCCUGGCAUGUUAACACCAAUGACAGCUAUGAUAAAUGCUUCCUGGGUUCUUCUGAGACCGCUGAUGCUAAUAGAGUUUUCUGUGGUCAGCUAGGAGCAGUUUACGUGUUCAGUGAAGCACUCAAUCCAGCACAGAUAUUUGCAAUACAUCAACUCGGACCUGGGUACAAGAGUACAUUUAAAUUCAAGUCAGAAAGCGACAUUCACCUGGCAGAACACCACAAACAAGUUCUUUAUGAUGGAAAGCUUGCCAGCAGUAUAGCUUUCACUUACAACGCCAAGGCUACAGAUGCUCAGCUCUGUCUUGAGUCCUCACCAAAGGAAAACCCCUCCAUCUUUGUACAUUCACCCCAUGCUCUCAUGCUGCAGGAUGUGAAGGCUAUAGUGACUCAUUCAAUCCAUAGUGCAAUCCAUUCAAUUGGGGGGAUUCAGGUUCUCUUCCCAUUGUUUGCUCAGCUGGACUAUCGUCAACAAAAUGACAGUCAAGUGGAAACUACAGUCUGUGCCACCCUUUUGGCGUUUCUGGUUGAGCUGUUAAAGAGUUCAGUAGCCAUGCAAGAACAAAUGUUGGGUGGAAAAGGGUUCCUGGUGAUUGGUUAUCUCUUGGAAAAGUCAUCAAGAAUUCACAUAACCCGUGCUGUCCUAGAGCAAUUUCUGUCCUUUGCAAAAUACCUCGAUGGUUUGACACAUGGAGCACCAUUAUUAAAGCAACUGUGUGACCACAUCCUGUUUAACGCAGCCAUCUGGAUUCACACUCCUGCAAAGGUCCAGCUGUCUCUGUAUACCUAUUUAUCUGCUGAGUUCAUUGGCACAGCCACCAUUUACACUACCAUCCGCAGAGUAGGCACAGUCCUGCAGCUGAUGCACACCCUCAAAUAUUACUACUGGGCGAUCAACCCAGUGGACAGCAGUGGUAUAACUCCAAAAGGGUUAGAUGGACCUCGUCCACUACAGAAGGAAAUCAUAUCCCUGCGAGCUUUUAUGCUGUUGUUUUUAAAACAACUUAUAUUAAAGGAUCGUGGUGUUAAGGAAGAUGAACUGCAAAGUAUUCUGAACUACUUGUUGACAAUGCAUGAGGAUGAAAAUAUCCACGAUGUUCUCCAGCUGCUUGUCGCUCUUAUGUCAGAGCAUCCAGCAUCCAUGAUACCUGCCUUUGAUCAGAGAAAUGGAAUACGGGUCAUCUACAAGUUGCUGGCCUCCAAGAGUGAAAGCAUCAGAGUUCAAGCCCUCAAAGUCCUGGGCUAUUUCCUUAAGCACCUGGGUCAUAAAAGGAAGGUGGAGAUCAUGCAUACACACAGUCUCUUCACCCUUCUUGGGGAACGGCUAAUGCUUCACACCAACACUGUGACCGUGACAACGUACAACACACUGUAUGAGAUUCUGACUGAACAAGUGUGCACUCAAGUAGUGCAUAAGCCACAUCCAGAACCAGACUCAACUGUGAAAAUUCAGAAUCCAAUGAUUCUUAAGGUGGUGGCAACGUUAUUGAAAAAUUCAACGCCAAGCGCAGAUCUCAUGGAAGUCCGUCGUCUGUUUUUGUCUGAUAUGAUAAAGCUGUUUAGUAACAGCCGAGAGAACAGACGGUGUCUCCUUCAGUGUUCUGUCUGGCAAGACUGGAUGUUUUCUCUCGGCUACAUCAACCCAAAAAACUCAGAGGAGCAGAAGAUCACAGAGAUGGUGUACAACAUCUUCCGGAUUCUCCUGUAUCAUGCAAUCAAAUACGAGUGGGGAGGCUGGCGAGUCUGGGUAGACACACUCUCUAUAGCACAUUCAAAGGUGACCUACGAAGCUCACAAGGAAUACCUGGCCAAGAUGUACGAGGAGUACCAGAGACAGGAAGAGGAGAAUAUCAAAAAGGGGAAAAAAGGAGGUGUCAGCACCAUCUCAGGCCUGUCUGCUCAGGCCUCUGGAGUGAAAGGAGCUAUUGAGAUCCGAGAGAUCGACGACAACUCUCAGACCCAAACCCCCGAAAGCGAAACUGACUACCCAGUGACCACAGACUCCAGGAACCUGCUAGCCGAGACUAAGGUGCCGGAAGAUGGGCUGGUAGCUCCAGAAAGGCAGGUGAGCGGUGUGCGGGUGGAGGUCCAUGACCUGUUGGUGGACAUCAAGGCGGAGAAGGUGGAGGCAACUGAAGUGAAGCUGGACGAUAUGGACCUGUCCCCGGAGACAUUGGCUGGAAGAGAAAAUGGCAGCCUGGUGGAGGUAGACUCCCUCUUGGACAAUGUCUACUGCGCAGCCGUGGAGAAGCUGAAGAGUAACGUCAAUGGGACCCUCAUUCCCAAGCAAAGCGAAGACAAAGACAGCGGCCCCUUGAUAACAUUGGCUGAUGAAAAGGACAGCAUCCCCAACAACAGCAACUCGUUUCUGUUCAAUAAGGUUCAGAGCCAAGACGAGAAGCUACUGCCCGACUUCACGUCCAACGUCCCCAUCAUAAUGCCGAAUUCCCAGGAUGCUCAUCUGCACACCAGUGCCAGCGAUGACUUGGGUCUCCUGGCUCACAUGACGGGUAGUGCCGACCUUACUACUUCAACAAACAUCCUUGAGGACAACGAGUUCAAGAUCCAAACGACUUUGGCCGAAAUAAGCUCCAUUGCAGAGGCUGCAGCCGCAUCCAAAGUGGCAGAGUAUGCAGAUAUUACAGGGGUUGAUUCCGAUCCAUCUGUGAUCAAAACAGCAGGUAGCGCAGAUGCUGCCAGUACCAUGUCAGACACGGAGAGAUCUGAUGAUGGCAAAGAUAAAGAGAUCAAGAAGAUCCAAACAACAGCUACUACUACCCAAGCUGUCCAGGGCUGUCCAGAAAGCCAGAUGGAAAGGGACCUGAGGGUUGACCUGGGCUUCAGAGGAAUGCCAAUGACAGAGGAGCAGAGGCGGCAGUUCAGCCCUGGACCUCGUACCACCAUGUUUCGAAUCCCAGAGUUCAAGUGGUCCCCCAUGCACCAGCGACUUCUUACUGAUUUGCUCUUUGCUCUGGAGACAGAUGUCCAUGUUUGGAGAAGCCACUCCACAAAAUCAGUAAUGGACUUUGUCAACAGUAAUGAAAACAUAAUUUUUGUGCAUAACACCAUUCACCUAAUUUCCCAGAUGGUAGACAACAUAAUUAUUGCCUGUGGAGGAAUAUUGCCUUUGUUAUCUGCAGCUACGUCCCCUUCUGGUUCUAAGGUUAGUAUUACCGCUACUGAAGCAAGUGAUUGCUCACAACCAUUCCCAAGGGAGGCUUUAGCUCGAGUAGUGGCAAAGAGUCAUGACGUUGCCCUAUUGUCUAACAGUAUAGGCCCUGUUGGUGAGACGGAGCUGGAGAAUAUUGAAGCAACUCAAGGCAUGUCAGCGGAGACAGCAGUCACCUUUCUCAGCAGGCUCAUGGCCAUGGUUGAUGUGCUGGUGUUUGCCAGCUCCCUCAAUUUCAGUGAGAUUGAAGCGGAAAAGAACAUGUCUUCUGGAGGCUUAAUGCGACAGUGCCUGAGGCUCGUGUGUUGUGUUGCUGUGCGGAACUGCCUGGAAUGCAGGCAAAGACAACGUGACAGAACGACAACGUCCUCAAUGCCGAACAGUAAGACUCAGGAGAACCUGCAGAGUGCGAGCGGAACAACUGCUGCCAAGACUACCAUAGAGAAUGUCCCCAGUAACCUUUCUCCUAUCAAGGACCCCGACAGACUGCUUCAGGAUGUGGACAUUAACCGUCUCCGGGCAGUAGUCUUCCGUGACGUGGAUGACAGUAAGCAGGCUCAGUUUCUAGCACUGGCAGUCGUCUACUUUAUUUCUGUAUUGAUGGUAUCAAAGUAUCGGGACAUCCUAGAACCGCAGAGGGAGACAGCCAGGUCUGGGAGCCAGUCUACGAGGAAUAUUCGUCAAGAAAUCAACUCGCCAACAAGUACAGAAAACCCUACCGCUUUCUCUGAGAGCAUUAAAGAGAAAGAAACCCCGAGUCCUUUCGAGGACCUUCACAUAGAGAGCUCCCUCCCACACACAGACUCAGGGAUUGGGGAGGAGCAGGUCUCUAACAUACUGAAUGGCUCAGACCUAGAGACCAGCGCAGGCCCUGAUGCCAUGAGUGAGCUCAUCUCUACCUUAUCCUCCGAGGUAAAGAAGUCACAGGAAAGCCUCCCGGAAAGCCCAAGCGAAAUGCUCAAGCCAGCCUGCUCCAUAUCGAGCAUCAGCCACGGAAACAAGGGGAUCAACGUGAGGGAAAUCCUAAAGAGCCUGGUGGCUGCACCUGUGGAAGGUGCAGAGUCUGGGCCUGAACCGUUGCCCUACCCAGAUCCAGCUGUAAAAAGAGAAGCACAGGCUAUUCUACCCAUGCAGUUUCACUCCUUUGACAGGAGUGUAGUUGUGCCAGUGAAGAAACCCCCACCUGGCAGCCUGGCAGUGAACACGGUUGGUGCAGCCAGCGCGGCAGGAGGUCUUGCUUCUGGAAGCACACCGAAUAUAUUUGCUGCAGCAUCAGCGACACCAAAAAGCAUGAUCAACACAACAGGUGCAACAGAUUCUGCCUCCACAUCAUCGUCCUCCUCCUCCAGUUUUGUGAAUGGUGCUACCAGCAAAAAUCUUCCAGCAGUUCAGACUGUUGCUCCAAUGCCAGAGGACACUGUUGAAAACAUGAGUGCCUUUUGUGAUGUGGACCAAUGUCCACUCCGAACCGGGCUGAGACCACCAGAACUCAAUUCACUUAGCCCCCUGGCCGGAUUCGAACCAGGUCCCAGAGGUGAAGGCCAGUGUCUUAGCAUCACAACAAAGCUGGAACGUGCUCUUGAGAAAGUGGCUCCUCUUUUGCGUGAGAUCUUUGUAGACUUUGCCCCCUUCCUUUCCCGUACACUUCUUGGCAGCCAUGGUCAGGAGUUGCUGAUAGAAGGUACAGGUCUGGUUUGCAUGAAAUCAAGUACCUCGGUAGUGGAGCUUGUCAUGCUGUUGUGUUCACAGGAAUGGCAAAACUCAAUACAGAAGAAUGCAGGACUUGCGUUUAUUGAACUCAUCAACGAAGGAAGACUGCUGUGUCAUGCCAUGAAGGACCACAUAGUCCGUGUUGCCAAUGAGGCUGAGUUCAUUCUGAACAGACAGAGGGCUGAAGAUGUUCACAAGCACGCUGAGUUUGAGUCCAAUUGUGCCCAGUAUGCUGCUGACAGGAGGGAAGAGGAGAAGAUGUGUGACCAUCUUAUCAGCGCUGCCAAACACAGGGAUCAUGUGACCGCCAAUCAGCUGAAACAGAAAAUCCUAAAUAUCUUGACAAACAAACAUGGAGCCUGGGGAACCCUCUCUCAAAGCCCACUGCAUGAUUUUUGGCGCCUCGACUACUGGGAAGAUGACCUGAGGAGGAGACGGCGUUUUGUGCGCAAUGCCUUUGGGUCCACCCACCCAGAAGUCAUGCUGAAAGCAGUGGAGGACUAUGCUACAGACGAAGAUGAUGUAGUGAAGUCAAAGAAAACUUUCCGAAGCCAAGCAGUGGUAAACCAGAAUGCAGAGACUGAGCUCAUGCUGGAGGGAGAUGAUGAUGCCAUCAGCCUUUUACAAGAGAAGGAGAUUGACAACCUAGCAGGUCCUGUUGUUCUGAGCACUCCGGCCCAUCUUAUUGCCCCGGUUAUUGUGACUAAAGGGACGCUGUCCAUCACUACAACUGAGAUCUAUUUCGAAGUGGAUGAAGAUGACCCCGCUUUUAAAAAGAUCGACCCCAAAGUCCUGUCAUACUCAGAAGGUCUACAUGGGAAAUGGAUGUUCAGCGAGAUCCGAGCGGUGUUCUCCAGGAGAUACCUUCUCCAGAACACUGCUUUGGAAGUGUUCAUGGCCAACAGAACUUCUGUUAUGUUCAACUUUCCCGACCAGGCGACAGUGAAGAAAGUUGUGUACAGCUUGCCCCGGGUUGGAGUUGGCACCAGCUAUGGUUUGCCACAAGCUAGGAGAAUCUCCUUGGCCACCCCUCGCCAGCUCUUCAAGUCCUCCAACAUGACACAGCGCUGGCAGAGAAGGGAGAUUUCCAACUUUGAGUACUUGAUGUUCCUCAACACUAUAGCAGGGCGGACAUACAAUGAUUUAAACCAGUACCCUGUGUUUCCAUGGGUUUUAACCAACUACGAGUCAGAAGAGGUAGACCUGACCCUACCAGGCAACUUCAGGGACCUCUCAAAGCCUAUUGGAGCACUGAACCCCAAGCGAGCUGUCUUCUAUGCUGAGCGCUAUGAGACCUGGGAAGAGGACCAGACGCCACCUUACCACUACAACUCGCACUACUCCACAGCUGCCUCCACACUCCUGUGGCUUGUUAGAAUUGAGCCGUUUACCACCUUCUUUCUCAACGCUAAUGACAACAAGUUUGACCAUCCUGACCGGACCUUCUCUGCUAUAGCAAGGUCGUGGCGGAACUGUCAAAGAGACACCUCUGAUGUGAAAGAGCUGAUCCCGGAGUUCUAUUACCUCCCUGAGAUGUUUGUGAACAGUAACGAAUAUAAUCUGGGGGUUAGAGAUGACAGGACAGUUGUGUCUAAUGUUGAUCUCCCUCCCUGGGCGAAAAAGCCAGAAGAUUUUGUCCGGAUAAACAGGAUGGCUCUGGAAAGCGAGUUUGUGUCAUGUCAACUGCAUCAGUGGAUUGACCUUAUUUUUGGAUACAAGCAGCGUGGACCUGAGGCGGUGCGUGCGCUCAACGUCUUUCACUACCUGACUUACGAGGGCUCAGUCAAUCUGGACAGCAUCACAGACCCUGUUCUCCGAGAGAUUCCAGAGCCUUAUUUUAUUAGAGAACCCCACACUUUCCUCCUUACAUCCUCAUUUAUCAAGGCCAUGGAGGCACAAAUACAGAAUUUUGGACAGACGCCAUCUCAGUUGCUUAUCGAGCCACAUCCGCCUCGGAGCUCUGCCAUGCACCUGUGUUUCCUUCCACAGAGCCCCCUCAUGUUUAAGGAUCAGAUGCAGCAGGACGUGAUCAUGGUACUCAAAUUCCCCUCCAACUCCCCCGUCACUCAUGUGGCAGCAAACACGCUGCCCCACCUCACCGUCCCCGCAGUGGUGACGGUCACCUGCAGCAGGCUGUUUGCUGUCAAUAGGUGGCACAACACAGUAGGCCUCAGGGGAGCCCCAGGAUACUCUCUGGAACAGGCCCAUCACCUGCCCAUUGAAAUGGAUCCAUUAAUUGCCAAUAACUCGGGUAUGAACAAGAGACAAAUCACAGACUUGGUGGACCAGAGCAUCCAGAUCAACACUCACUGUUUUGUGGUGACUGCUGAUAACCGCUACAUCCUAGUCUGUGGCUUCUGGGACAAGAGCUUUAGAGUUUACUCCACAGAAACAGGGAAACUGACUCAAAUAGUAUUCGGUCACUGGGAUGUAGUGACGUGUCUGGCUCGGUCCGAGUCCUAUAUUGGGGGCGACUGCUACAUAGUGUCGGGGUCCCGGGACGCCACGCUGCUGCUGUGGUACUGGAGCGGACGACACCACAUCAUCGGAGACAAUCCGAAUAACAGUAGCAACUUUUGCCAUCCAACGCAUCGACCCAGUUUUGACGCCACUGCCAGGCAGCCCAGAAAGAUGACUUCUGACAGCCCUUAUCUGUUCCGCCACUGUGACUACCCGGCACCGAGAGCCGUCCUGACUGGUCACGAUCAUGAGGUGGUCUGUGUGUCUGUCUGCGCAGAGCUGGGCCUGGUCAUCAGCGGAGCCAAAGAGGGGCCAUGCUUGGUGCACACCAUUACGGGAGACCUCCUCAGAGCCUUGGAGGGACCAGAGAACUGCCUCUGCCCACGUCUCAUCUCAGUGUCCAGCGAGGGCCACUGUAUCAUCUGCUAUGAACGGGGAAGGUUCUGCAAUUUCAGCAUCAAUGGAAAACUCUUGGCGCAGAUGGAGAUCAAUGAUUCCACCAGGGCCAUACUCCUAAGCAGUGAUGGACAGAACCUGGUUACAGGAGGUGACAAUGGAGUGGUGGAGGUGUGGCAAGCCUGUGACUUCAAACAACUAUAUAUAUACCCUGGCUGUGACGCUGGCAUCAGGGCAAUGGACUUAUCACAUGAUCAAAGGACUCUGAUAACUGGAAUGGCUUCCGGGAGCAUUGUCGCUUUUAACAUUGAUUUUAACCGGUGGCACUAUGAACAUCAGAACAGAUACUGAAUGCGGACUAAAGACCGACUGCAGUGGGAAUGUCAGGUGCUGCAGAGAGCACAAGUGCUGCAGGGAGCGUCCAGUCUAGACAAAAGAACAACAUAAUAGAGACUUCCUCGCCCUCUGAUGUGCAUUCCAUUACACCUAGCAAUAGCAGUCCAUUGUAGUCAGAAACCUUGGUAUUUUGUGUUUUCUUUCACGCCUAAGCACCAGCUGCUACCAAGCUAGCUUGUAUCAUGCAAAUUCAUGAAAAUCAAAAUGGAUUCUGUAAAUCAUAUUUCAUAUUUCCAAUGCCUUUUAUUUAUUGAGGAGGGGUGGAAACUUGCAUUGUAAAGACCUUGGAGGAAAAAAAGUGUCCAGUUAAAAAAAAGAGUAAAUGAAUAAAUAAAUAAAUAAAUAUAAACAAAACGAUAAUAAGUAUUUUAGAUUUAACUUUUCGUCGUAAUUUCAGUCAUAUUUUUCAAGCUGUGAAAAAAAAAAAUAUCCCAUUUGAUACUUUGUACAUCCGUUGCACAGCUUACCUUAAAGGGAUACUUUUGUAAAAGUAAAACCUUGUAUAAAAAAAUGUUUCUUAACCAGAUGUGGAGUUUCAUUAUGCAUGUAUUGUACAUCUGGUGUAUCAGUGGAACAGAUGCAUUUACAAAGCUUCAAAAAACAUCUUGGUGAUGGGUAUGGAAGUCGGCUUGUUUUAAAUGAACAAACCACAAAGGGGUCUUACAAACAGUUUCACCAUUUUUACACAAGGGUAUUGAGAAGUGAUUUUUACUUCCAUGUAUAUGCGUGUCCAUUUCACACUUAACAUUUAGGACUCAGUGUAAAGAAGAAUUAUAUUCAAUUAUGGUCAUAUUUCUUUUAACUGGAAGUGUAGUGGGGAAAGCCCAUUUUGUGCUUUUAUGGUAAAACAACAAACCUUUUGAAUGCAGUUGGUUUCCUGAUCUCAGUGUACAGUGAUUUGAAAAAGAAAUGAAGCUCAUUGUGAAAUUCUCAUCUCUGCUAUCCUCUUGGUCAUACUGAGGCACAGGUUAUUUCUUCAUAAUUUUAUGUAUUGUAAAGGUGGGUGGUUACUACAGGUUUUACCUGCACAUUAAUUGGUUCAGACAACACACCCAGAGGUGAACUAUCUAAAGUCCUUCCUGUUCUUCUUUGUAUAUUUGGUGACUGUUUUGUCAUAGAUGUACAUAUUGUGUUGGUAGGGCUAUGAGGCAUGUAACGGGAAUGUCAUUUUCUCAAGACAAAAAAAAUACACUUGCAGUCAUUUAUUUAAGAUUAAUUAAUUAAUGGAAUCUUUGUAUUGGCACUUCUCACCAGAAACAUAUCAUUAUUUAUUGCUGUGAUUACUUAUUUGUCACCCACCUUGUAUUAGUAAAUUUUAGCACUGAAUUCUUUAUUCAUUGUUGUUUGUAUUUAAAGACUAUGAAUCACGGGGGGGAGCCAGUGUAAUGAUUAGGUUGUACAACCACAAGUCAGUGAGCAAUAUCAUGAGUUUUUAGCUUAGAUUUUGGGGAAUAUUUAGGCAUCUGGAACAAACAAAUAAAAAAAAAAAAGAAAAAUAAAAUCUUAAAAAAAACAAACAGGUUCUGUCAUCUGGAAAUAUUUUGGAUAUAUACAAUCCUAAAGCUAUUGUAACCAUGUUUUAUUGCAAAGAUGUGAAAUAUGCCAGAUGUGUGUGAGUUGGAAAUUAAAAAGAAAAAUAAAAUAUGCAAAGAAUUCAA